UGAGUUCUUUGCUGCUGCCAAGGCCCAACAACAGAUCAGAACCCCUCUUUUUCCCCUCUCGUGUUCGACGGUGUCAUCGACCUCUCGCCGCCGCCGCCGAAGCUCCAAGGGGUUCUUGAGGAGGAGGAGGAGGAGGAGGAGCGUCAUCGGCGAUGCCGGACCCUAACCUGGACGAUCUGCUCCUCCAGGCCGCGGGUCGGACCGUGGGGAAGGGCGGCCAGUCCCGGCAGUCGAACCAGCACUGGCAGCAGCAUGGGCGCCGUGCUGGGGGCUCCUACUCCGGCGGGAGCGGCUCCGAUGGCUCCGACGACGGCGACUCCGACUCGGACGUCGCGCCGAGCCACCCGAGGAAGAGGCUGCCGCCGGGCUCGCAGGUGCCGCUCAAGAAGAGGCACCAGACGGGGAAGGGCGGCAGUCUGGGAGGAGGAUAUGACGACGAGGACCCCGAUGACGAGGGGAGGCGGAGCGGGGGUGAGGACUCCGACAGCGCGCCGUCCGUCGGGAGCGACCUGUACAAGGACGAGGACGACAAGGAGCAGCUGGAGAACAUGACGGAGCUGCAGAGGGAGAUGAUCCUGGCGGAGCGGAGCACCAGGAUCGACGACUACAAGCUCAAGAAGCUGGCACGGGCGUCCUCGUCCAAGACGGACAAGGCCCGGAAGGACAGCCCUCCCCCACCGCCCAGCCGGCUGCGGGCCUCGGCCCGGACUGACAGGUCUGCCACCAAGAGCGCACUCGACGAGCUGCGAGCCAAGAGGAUGAGGCAGCAGGAUCCGGAGGCGUACCGUAGCAGGUUCAAGGAUCUGGUUCCCAAGAGUGGCGGCUCACCUAAUAGACGCAGGGCUGGAACCCCCCCGAGCGAUGGUAGCAAUGAUGGCGGUCACAGGGGGAGGAUGAACAACCAUGUUGGGAUUGCUGAGGAUAAUCGGGAUGAUGAGUUUGACGAAUCACCAAGUAGACUUGACCCUCUCAAGUUUGAUGAUGUGAAGAGCAUAACCCUUCGGAGGUCAAAGCUGGUGAAGUGGUUCAUGGAACCCUUUUUUGAGGACCUUGUAUCUGGUUGCUUUGUGCGGCUUGGGAUUGGCAAGACAAAAUCAGGCACCCCCAAGUAUAGGCUGUGCAUAGUUAGAAACGUGGAUGCUAGCGACCCAGAUCGGCAGUACAAACUGGAGAGUUACGAAACAUGCAAGUAUCUCAAUGUUGUAUGGGAUAAUGAAGCUAAUGCUGCUCGGUGGCAGAUGACUCAGGUCUCCGACUCUCCUGUCCUUGAAGAAGAGUUCAAGGAGUGGCUUCAAGAGGCUGAAAAGAAUGGCGUACGCAUACCAACGCGGCAGGAAGUGCUGGAGAAGAAAGAAGCCAUUAUAGAGGCCUACAAUUUUGUGUAUUCAGCAGAUACGGUACAGAAGAUGCUGCAACUGAAGAAAUCAGCUGUGAGACGUCCUAUGAAUGUUGCUGCUGAGAAGGAUAGGUUGAGGGAUCAGUUGGAGAUGGCCCUGGUCCGGAGGGAUGAUGCAGAAGCAGAAAGGAUCCGUGCAAGGUUGAGUCAUCUGCAGAAGAUUGCUCAGCCAAUGUCAACUAAUGAGAAGGCAGCAAAGUUAGAGGAGAUGAACAGGAAGAACCGUGCUGAGAAUUUCAAGAAUGCAUCAGAAAUGAAAGCUGUUAAUACAAGUUUGAAGGCUGGAGAGGCUGGUUAUGACCCUUUCUCAAGGAGGUGGACAAGAUCGAGGAACUAUUAUGCAGCAAAGCCAGAAGGAGAAGCAGAAAAUGCUGAAGCCGCCAAUGGCAACAGCGAUAAUGUAAUAGCUGUGACGGAAGCUGUGAAGGGUGGGGUGCGAGUUGGCACAGCAGUCACAGCUUCAGCUCUGGUGGCAGCAGCUGAAGCUGGGAAGCUGGUUGAUACCAACGCACCUUUGGAUCUCGGGACAGAAACGAAUCCGCUACAUAAUUUUGAACUUCCUAUAUCACUGGCUAUUCUGGAGCAGUAUGGUGGACCCAAAGGUCAGUUUGAGGCCUACAUGGCGAGGAAGCAGAAGAUAGAAGCAACGAUGGGUUACAAGAUCCCUGACAAUGAUGGAAGGAGGCAUGCUCUAACUCUCUCUGUGAGCGACUACAAAAGGCGACGUGGUCUUCUUUGAAAGAUAUAUCUCUCCUGGUUGCUCGAUGUAUCUGUCCUCUUGGCAACAAGACUUCUGCUCGCUCUGACAAUUGUCCAGACCAGUUGCAUUUUUCGCCUUGCUUUCUCUCGAGUAAUACACUGGAAAGGCAGAUUGUGCGUUUAUUUUCAUAAAUACAUAGACCUGUACGUCUGAAAGUGUUAUUGACAUUUCAUGGCGUUUUUUGGAGUAAUUACGUUUCAUGUUUGUACUUGCGGAUUGCAUCAGUUCCUUUGAAUCCUAUCCAAGGUUGCUCUUGCUUGAAAACAGUGGAUAGUGCCAGGUGGAAAUGUUCUGUUUCUGUA